UCCCGCCCCCCGAGCCUAGUUGGGAGCACCGCAGUGGCCGCUGCCUGCACCGCCCGGCCCCGGAGCCGCCGCUUUGCCCGCUUGCCCGAGCACGCUCAGAAAGCCGCGCGCGUCGCCGGCCCCAGCUCUUCAGUCCGGCUCCACCGCCGGCCUCCGGGAACUCGCGCCGCACAGGGGCCGGGCAGUUUCGCUCUCUGGCAGCCGCGCUCCGCAUCACAGCAACUUGGGCAGGACCCCGACGGGACCCGCGCACCGGGCUGAAUCCGGAGCCGCGCGGCUAUGCCCCGUGUCCCCCUCCCAGCCAGUAGUUCAUCUUGCGCCGGGGUCCGGCCCCCGACGGCCACGCGUUGAGAUGACUUUCCGCGACCUCCUGAGCGUCAGUUUCGAGGGACCUCACCCGGACAGUAGUGCUGGGACCUCCAGCGCGGGCGGCGGCGGGGGCGGCGCGGGCGGCACGGCAGCCUCGGAGGGCCCGGCAGUGGGUGGCGUGCCGGGGGGCGCAGGGAGCGGCGAGGACAACCGGAGCUCCGCGGGGGAGCCGGGGAGCUCGGGCGCCGCCGGAGAGGUGAACGGCACUGCGGCCGUCGGGGGGCUGGUGGUGAGCGCGCAGGGAGUGGGCGUGGGCGUCUUCUUGGCAGCGUUCAUCCUCACGGCGGUGGCAGGCAACCUGCUUGUCAUCCUCUCGGUGGCCUGCAACCGCCACCUGCAGACGGUCACCAACUAUUUCAUUGUGAACCUGGCCGUGGCUGAUCUGCUGCUGAGCGCCACGGUGCUGCCCUUCUCGGCCACCAUGGAGGUUUUGGGUUUCUGGGCCUUUGGCCGGGCCUUCUGCGACGUGUGGGCCGCCGUGGACGUGCUGUGCUGUACAGCCUCCAUCCUCAGCCUCUGCACCAUCUCCGUGGACCGCUACGUGGGCGUGCGCCACUCACUCAAGUACCCGGCCAUCAUGACCGAGCGCAAGGCGGCAGCCAUCCUGGCGCUGCUCUGGGCCGUGGCCCUUGUGGUGUCCGUAGGGCCGCUGCUGGGCUGGAAGGAACCGGUGCCCCCAGACGAGCGCUGCUGCGGCAUCACGGAGGAGGCAGGCUAUGCUGUCUUCUCCUCCGUGUGCUCCUUCUACCUGCCCAUGGCGGUGAUUGUGGUCAUGUACUGCCGCGUGUACGUAGUCGCGCGCAGCACCACGCGCAGCCUCGAGGCGGGCGUCAAGCGAGAGCGGGGCAAGGCCUCGGAAGUGGUGCUGCGCAUCCACUGUCGCGGGGCGUCCACGGGUGCCGACGGGGCGCACGGGACGCGCAGUGCCAAGGGCCACACCUUCCGCAGCUCGCUCUCCGUGCGCCUGCUCAAGUUCUCCCGCGAGAAGAAAGCGGCCAAGACGCUGGCCAUCGUCGUGGGCGUCUUCGUGCUCUGCUGGUUCCCCUUCUUCUUCGUCCUGCCGCUCGGCUCCCUGUUCCCGCAGCUGAAGCCAUCGAAGGGUGUCUUUAAGGUCAUCUUCUGGCUAGGCUACUUCAACAGUUGCGUGAACCCGCUCAUCUACCCUUGUUCCAGCCGCGAGUUCAAGCGCGCCUUCCUCCGCCUCCUGCGCUGCCAAUGCCGGCGUCGCCGGCGCCGGCGCCCCCUCUGGCGCGUCUACGGCCACCCCUGGCGGGCCUCCACCGGUGACUUGCGCCUCGAUUGCAUUCCCGGCCCGGGCGCCGCGCCCCCUGGGGCCCCGCUGGCCCUCACCGCGCCUCCGGACGCCAAUCCCGACCCCCCAGGCACGCCCGAGGUACAGACUGCGGUCGCUAGCCGGCGAAAGCCGCCUUGCGCCUUCCGCGAGUGGAGGCUGCUCGGGCCGUUCCGGAGACCCACCACCCAGCUGCGUGCCAAGGUCUCCAGCCUGUCGCACAAGAUCCGCGCCGGGAGCGUGCAGUGCGCAGAGGCCGCGAGCGCCCUGCGCUCGGAGGUGGAGGCUGUGUCCCUGGGUGUCCCCCACCACAUGGCCGAGGGCGCCACCUGCCAGGCCUACGAAGACUAUGGCAACCUCCGAGAGACUGACCUUUGAGGACUCCUGAGCUAGGCCCUUAGGCUGAGCUGGGGAAGGAGAGAGGCUGGCUCUGUUCAAGAGGCCGGUAGAAAUCCGGGACCCAGAAACUGAUCAGGGUAGCUGCCUGUGGCAUCCUGGAAGAUCGGGGUUAGCUGCUUGGGGAGCAGGAGGUGCAGGCAGAUCCUGGGUGGGGCGGGGCUUGGGGCUGGAGCCCCUGAACGGUACUGUGGGGCCCCUCCACGAGCCUGGCACCUGAGCUGUUUCCUUAGGAAGGAGGGGCUUCGGGCUCCGUAGGGCCAUUUGCUCUCAAGCCCUGUUUGAGAACCACGCCCCAUCCACCAUGCCCUGAACUCUGAAUAGACAGCCCCAAAUUUGGCCAGGAAAACCUGCCCCUGCCCUUCAGGGAGUAGGCACAGAAGCUCCAGAGCCUCCCCUAGGGAAAAUGUCGGUGGGGCCGGAACUCCUCAGUGGACAUAAUUACCCCUUACUGCCGAAUGGAGGGACUCAGUGGACCUGCUACCACCACCCACAAGCUUUCGUGGCAGAUUGGAUGGCCAUCAUACAAGCUUGUUGUAUUUACCGCUCCCCCCCACCCAGGUCCACAGCCCCCCUACCCAGGCGCCUCCAUGCACACUCCAUCACCUGGCCCUGCCCCUCUUUACUUCCCUUCAAGGGCCUUACUGUUUACACUUUGUACAUAGCUCAUUGUGCCUGUGCCCAUCACUUCUUGCUGGAUUCCAAGCCACCAACUGGGUGAGGCUUUAUCUGUCAUUUUGAGACAUAUUUAUUGGUAAGAGUACCUCUAUUUUUGUCCACACUGUGCAGACUGUCCCUGUGUAGCUCAUAACAGACAAAGAAGUAAUUUUAUCCCCUCUAAAAUCCUUCAAGUACUAAAUGCCCACAACAGGA